CAGCAAUGGAACAAGUGGGGCCUUGUAUUUCCAUCAAUAAAAUUGAUACCUCUUACAUAUCGAGUGAAAUAAAUGUUUGGGAAACCGAAAACGUGUUGUGUUUCUUGUAGACCCGAAGAAUACUUUCACUAGCAUUUCUGGCCAUUCGACGUGCCAAUCAAUUGUUGAAUUGUGGUUUCUCUUACAAGCAAUUACACUCGUAUUGUUCUCCUAAUUGAAGAUGGAAUCGUUGACAUUCCUGCUGGCUUUCUUACCGUUGGCUCUCACCGAAGUCAACCUUCUGCUGCCGAGGGAGGAAAUAUCUACCCCUCCACCCCCACCACGACCGUACGCCUUCGGGUAUGCCGCAGGGAGGUAUCCGGGGCACAUCGAUAGGACCCAUUCCGAGGUGUCCGAUGGAUCGGGAAUAGUGCAUGGUUCAUAUUCCUACGUGGACCCCAGCCAACGAAUCCGCACCGUCGAGUACACCGCCGACAAAAACGGCUUCCACCCCUCCCAAAAUUUCCGCGCGCCGGACCUGCCUUCAGACACUCCCGUUGUCGCUGCCGCCAAGGCCAACCACCUGCGCCGGUUCGAAGCCAUCGCGCACGCGCAUCAAGCGGGACCAAAUCGGGCAGUCGUGCCGGCCGAGACGAAGGCAGUGCAGGGGGCAAGAGAGAGGCAUCUCGCGCUGUACGAGAAGAUAGCGGAGGAGCAUAGGAGGAGGGGCGCAGAGUUGGAGGCUAUACAGAGGGCGGAGGAUGCCCAGAAGGCGGAAUUAGGGAAUGGUUUAUACAUUUAAUACGUCUUUUUUUUUCAAUAUUGUAAGAAAAUCUCGUAAUUUUUCAAAGGCGGUUCUUUGUGUUUUUUUUUCCAAUUCCUUCAACCUCCUAAUCAACACUUUUUCUCAGGUGUUUC